AUGAACAUAAAAGUGGAAGAACCUGAAGCUGUUUCCAUCAAACCAGAAUUUCCAACAAAUCCGAUUGAAAGAAGUGGAGAUGUUUUGAGCGCGAAAUUCGAGAAUUUGAAUAAAUGGGAUGGAAAUUUGAAAUGGAGUGAAAAUAUUAGUUUUGGACAAUUUGUUUGGUGAAUUUUUGAGUGAAAAAUUUUCACUCAAAAAUUCAGAUUUUUCAAAUAAUUCUUUUUCCAGGGCAACUGGAAUUGAAAUCCGCGAAAAUAAUCUAUAUAGUCACUUAAAACUUGUCUCAAAUGGCUUAACUGGCAAAAGAUGGUUAUGUGAUUUGACUGGAGAACGAAGAAUCGUCAAUCAAGAAAAUCCGACACAAAAAUUAUCACAAACUUCAAAAGCCCUAUUUCACCCCGCAAAAAUGGAAAUUUGUGAGAAAAUUGGUGAAUGGAAUAUUGUUAAAGAGAAAUGGAUGAAAAACAAUGAAUUAUUGAUUGAAAGAACUCUCGAAAUUUUCUAUUAUGAUUUUUAUGACGAAAUUGUUGGAUAUCACGAUGUGAUUAUAAUAGUUCAAAGAAGACGCUUUUUUGCUAACAAAGGGGUUUGUUUUUUUGAAGAAAAAAAAUGUUUUCAAGGAUUAAAAUUCGAAUUUUUCAGCUGUUGAGCAGUUUUUCGAAAUAUUUCUUCAACAAGUUUUUUAUCGAAAAAAUCGAAGGAGAUUUGGAAAUCGAGGACAUCGAAAUCAACGCAUUCUGUCAAUUUUUAGCGGUUUUAUGUCCCACUUCAUUAUCUGUAACAGGUCGGUGAAUUUCUCUCUGGAGAUCGUUAAAAAUGUUGACUUUUAGAACAGAAUGUAAUUCUACUGGCGAUUUUGGCAGAUAAAUUCGAAGUUCCGGAUUUGCAGAGAAGAUGUCAGAAAUUUCUGACGGAAAAUUUUGGAAAAAUGGAAUUAAUCGAAAUGGCCGAUAAAAAUUCUUACAACUAUUUGAUAGAAAAAUGCGUCGAAAAUUGCGGAACAAAAGAGGAACUUUUGGAAUUUAUGAAAAAUACACGAUUUACGCAAUUUAAGGAGAGUACACAACUCAAGUUUCAUAGAAAAUUAUUGAAUUUCUUAAUAUAA